ACACACAAGAGGGUGGGGAGUGAGAUCUUUUCUGGUGAAGGUCCAGGCAUUUUUUGUUUUUGAUUCAGACAAGGUGUUGUUGCCCAUCAGAGCAUAAAAAAACCCAAAAAAGGAGAAAAAGCAGAAAGUUACUCUCUUUUCGCCAUUUUUGAUCCCGCAUUUUUUGUAUCUUUUUUUAACCCAAUAAAAAUCAUAUUUUUCACGAGGAAACCACCGAGAAAGGGAUUAGAUUUUGGGUUUUGCAACUUUCAAUCAGCAGUGAGUUUUGGGUUUUGUAUGAUCCCUUGAAUCUGCCCUGUUAUGGGUGUUGAUUGAGAUCCAGGCUGAAUGUGGUAAGAAAAAAGUUGUCUUCUUUUGGGCCCUCUGAUCCUGAAUAUUUACCAGGAAGGAUAAAGGCCAGAAGGGUUGGAGGAAGGUUGCGUUUUUGGUCACAACUCACAAGAGUUUACAGAGAGUUGGUAAUUUGCAGAAAAAAGGAAGGAAAGAUUGUUCCUUUUUUGGUGCAUUUUCUGGAUUGUUCCUUUUUUGGUGCAUUUUCUGGGUUUUUCUCUGUUGGUGGGUGGAAAAUGAGAUUGCAAGUUGAAGAGUAAAACUAGCAACAAAGAGGUACUUGGAAUGGACUGAGAAGCAACCAGUUGGCUAUUCUCAGGUUUACUUAAUCAGUUCAUCUUGUAUUGAUUAUUCAAGUUGGUAUUUUCUCCAUUUCUGGAAAAUUGAAAGGGUUUUUUACCGACCCUUUUCUGUUCAUAGUAUGUAGGAUGAUGUGGUUGGAGUAGUUUUUGGUGUGCUAUUGUGUGUAAUCUUGGUUCGAAAUAGUUACAUUUCUGGGUGCAUUCGAAAUGGUUUACAUAGUGGUUGAUUAGAAGAAUAAUUCAGAAUGGCGGAAGACCAACAAGAAAUGCGAUCGUUGGCCUUGACUCCAACAUGGUCUGUUGCUACUGUGUUGACAAUUUUUGUGGCUGUUUCUCUGCUUGUCGAGCGCGGAAUCCAUAGGUUAAGCCAUUGGUUGCGGAAAACUAAUCGUAAGCCCUUGCUUGAAGCUGUGGAGAAAAUGAAAGAAGAGUUGAUGUUACUUGGGUUUAUCUCUCUCCUUUUGACGGCUACCUCAAGCAUGAUAGCCAAUAUUUGCAUUCCAUCAAAGUUCUACAAUAGCAGUUUUUCUCCAUGCUCUAGGUCUGAGAUUACUGAAGAAACUGAAAAUAAACGUAAGCUGUGGAUGUUUACUGUUCUGCCUCACUCAUUCAGAAGAGUGUUAAAUGAGUUGAAUCGUAAUUCCUGCAAAGAGGGUUAUGAGCCAUUUGUUUCAUAUCAAGGCCUUGAGCAGUUGCAUCGCUUCAUCUUUGUCAUGGCAAUAACACAUAUAUCCUACAGCUGCUUAACGAUGUUGCUGGCAAUAGUGAAGAUUCACAGCUGGAGAGUAUGGGAGGAGGAGGCUCACAUGGACCGACAUGAUUCAUUGACUGAGAUCACACGGCAGAUGACAAUGCGAAGGCAGUCUAGCUUUGUAAAUCCAUCAACUCCUGUUGUCAGGAAUAACUUUUUUAUCUGGGUGAGAUGUUUCUUCCGGCAAUUUGGGAAUUCAGUGGUUCGUGCUGACUAUUUAACACUCCGCAUGGGCUUCAUCACGAACCACAACCUUUCACCAAAGUAUGAUUUUCACAGCUAUAUGAUUCGGUCUAUGGAAGAGGAAUUCCAAAGGAUUGUUGGUGUGAGUGCCACACUCUGGGGAUUUGUUGUUGCCUUCAUGCUGUUUAAUGUAAAAGGGUCUAAUCUUUAUUUCUGGAUUGCAAUCAUUCCAAUUACGCUAGUUCUUCUUGUGGGAAUGAAGCUGCAGCAUAUUAUUGCAACCCUAGCAUUGGAGAAUGCUGGUAUAACUGGAUCCCAUGGAGGAGCAAAGCUGAGGCCUCGGGAUGAUCUUUUCUGGUUCAAGAAGCCCGAACUUUUGUUGUCCUUGAUCCAUUUUUGUUUAUUCCAGAAUGCAUUUGAAUUGGCUUCAUUCUUUUGGUUUUGGUGGCAAUUUGGGUAUAAUUCUUGCUUUAUCCGAAGGCAUUGGCUCGUGUAUAUAAGGCUGAUUUUAGGGUUUGCCGGGCAGUUCCUGUGCAGCUACAGCACCUUGCCACUGUAUGCCUUGGUUACUCAGAUGGGAACGAAUUAUAAGGCGGCAAUAAUCCCACUACGGAUAAGAGAAACAAUUCAUGGAUGGGGAAAGGCAGCUAGGAGGAAAAGAAGGCUAGGCAUAUACACUGAUGAUUCAACCAUACGCACAGAAACAAGCACAGUAGCAUCACUUGAGGAAGAUGAUCAUCAAAUGAUCGAUUACCCUGCAGAUGAUGCUAAUACGCAUAAUGGAAUUGAGUUGCAACCGGUUUCUAGUUCUGUGUCCAGUCCUUGCCCAGUUGGUAACCAAACCUCAAGUAGGCCAGGUACACCCCUUCUUCGACCAUCGGCUUCUGUUUCUUCUCAAUCAGUUACAUUGACUAUUCAAACAGAAGGUAUUCCAAGAUCCGCUUCACUGCCAGCUAGAAGGGAAUGAAGCAUUGAUCAACAAGAUGGUAAUGAAAAAAUCGCAUGACUAAGAAUUUGGGAUCCGAUUGAAUAAGUAUUAGAAAAGGAAACUGUGUAGAUUUUGCUUCCCUCCAUAUGCAGUACGAAAAAUACUUGAGGUCAUACUAUACUCGCAGGAUGUAACAACGCAUGACACGAUAUUGCAGUAGUUAGAAUGUAAACAUUUGAUGUAAUAGCUACAUAUAUGAAAUCAGUAUAUAUCACUGGCUAAUGAUCAAUGAUGUGGGCUAGUUGUUUAAUUAGGCAGUAAUAUUUUUACAAAAAUUAGGGGUGUGCUCAAAGAAUCAAAUGUAACUUGACAAUGAGGCAUCUUACUGGUGUUAUCAAGGUGAUGGAUGUACCACUGGGUCAAGUUCUUGCCCGGUUUGAUCAAAUAUCCUCGUCUUAUACGCGUCGUCUGUGAUUGUAUGUUGUAAAUUCAAUCAAGCAAAACAUGAGUGAGCUGAGAUUUCAUUAGAA